AUGGCCGUAACACGUUUCAUUCUGGCUCCGUUGGGUGGUGUGUUUGUAGCCACUUCGCUGCUCUACACUUUUCGCCAUACGAUCGCCGUGCGAACACAUGACACUGCGCUUGCACUCAACCGGAUCAAGCUACAGCUCAACGAUAUCGAUCCGGACAAUUGGGACAAGCAGGGCAAGCAGCGCUUGUCACACGAACAGCUCAAACCCGCCUACGUUGCUCCCGUCCGACCUUCAGUUACCGAGGAGAUCAAAGGUCGUUGGAAUGACCACGUCAUUGGCGCCGUCGAUACAAUCGCGAAUGCCAACUACUAUGAUCUCUUUGCCAAAGGUCUGCUAUCUGCCAAGAACAUUGUUACCCACUUGACAUCUUCUGAUGCUUCCUCUUCGGCGCUAGCAACACCGCUUGAGGCACAAAUUGCUGCUACAGGUGGCAUCAAAACCGGCGUUGUCAACACGCAAGGCGUCUCGUUGCGAGACGAGAACAGCGCAUUGGCAGUAACAAGCGAUGCUGCACGCGCGCCAGGCAGCAGUAUAGGCUCACGUCUCGCAAGAGCAGUAGGGCUUGAUGCUGAUAAAGUAGACAAGCUGGCGGAAGCCAAGACCGGACCAGGGCUCGGGAAAGUUGGCGAUGGAUCGGCAGGGCGCACGUUCUAUCUCGGUCAGGGCACAAGCCUUCGUUGA